AUGCUCCUCACCGUGAACAUUUUCCUACUUUUGCUCGCAAUUUCUACGCAAUCGGAAGUGACUUUUCAAGUCGAUUUGGUACCAAUUUGUGCGAAUGGCGCAUAUCCACCAAGUCCA